AUGCGUCUUGUACACCCGCUGCUUUUGAGUGUGGUCGCUUCAUCGGCGAUUGUGAGCGCUGAGCUGGGCAUUCAUGAUUCAGGAGAGAUUAAUCUAUCUCGCCAAGACGAGCAGGAGGGAGAGGGCAAGGACUUUGUCGCGGCAUUAACCGCCUCGUUGAAUGAACACAUACAGUUGUCAGGGGAUUUCUUGCAGCGCUUUUUCGGUGCUGAGAAACAUCAGAAUGACGUCCUUCGUGUUUUUGUGAUUGAUGAAGAUUCCAAGAUGUCAAACUCGACGGAUGAUAGGAAGCGCGCAUGCAUGAAGGCGGUCCAAAACAUUCAUGAGCAGGAUCAGCUACAGACUGAGACGAAGACGCUACUGGAUAUUUUUCGCCCAGUUCUUGGCGUUAUAUCGCUGCGAAUCUGGGGCGAGUCGUCGUGCGAUGAUCUUGAGCUUGUCGAUUUAGUAAUGCAGUGCAAGUCGAUUGUGGACGCGAAGGAUACGGUUAAAAAGUUGCUGAUGAUGGACAAGACUGACGACGAGGUGUGCGAAGUUAUGCAGAUCGUCUCGGAUCUGGAAAACGCCAACAAUCUGUCGUGCAAGUUGUGCGAAAGAUUCGUGGAUAUGGUUGAUCAGGCGCUGUCCCAGGAGGUACAGCAGGUACAACAAGUUCGAGCUAUUAUAGGUGAUUUGUGCGACGCCAUGUCAGCCGACUCCCAGUGCCACACAUUUUUGAAAAACUAUGACGAAGUUGUAGACAUGCUUAAGCACGACACUGAUCCCCUAGUUAUCUGCACCCGAAUUGCCAUGUGCCCAUCGGUCAGCGACACGGACAGUUUAGCGUUGAAUACUUUUUUAUCUUCUCCGGAUUCUCUCAUGGUCGAGGACAACUCUUUAGUGGUGAUUGACUCCGCAAAUAUCGACACGUCGUGCGUGUUCUGCAGCCACGUCGCAGGUGUCAUUUACCAUGUCAAUGAAGUGUUCCCCGAGCAGCUUCCUAUCGUCAAGUCGGUUUUAGGAAUGAUGUGCGUGACCGCUUUAUCGGAAUCCAAGUGCGGGGAGGUGGAAGAAAAAUUUGAUCAGAUCGUGGAGCUGGUGCAGCUGAAUCGUUAUCCGCGUGACAUUUGCGCCGACUUAAGUUUCUGUCAUGUAGACAUUCUAAAUGACAUUCUUUCAUCAAACCCGACAAUAAGAAAUGAAAAGUCGUGUGUGUACUGUGAUGCAGCUACGACUGUGGUAGAGGUGGUCUUACAGGAGGCUCCUGAUCAGAUUGAACAAAUUCGCGACUACGCUGACAUUAUUUGCGGUAUGUUGGGAGAAGAAAGUCCGUGCCACCAGUAUGUAAACCAGUUGGACAUUGUUAUUGAUUCUUUAAAAAAAGGAGUGCACCCUCGUGCCAUUUGCAAGACGUUGAGCUACUGCCCGUCUGAGAUUGCAGACCAUACAUCUGAUUUCGAUGCGAUCUCCCGUCUUGAUGUGAUGCGGAUGGUGGGACUUGAAGCUAAUAAAAAUUGGGCCAUGUUAAACGGUGAUGUGUACUUGCCUCACGAUAGCUGCUUCUUCUGCUCGCGAGUUGCUGAGGUAAUUCAUCACCUUAAUUUCGCAUCACCUGGAAAGCUACCGAAUUUCAAGAAUAUUUUAUCAAAUGUGUGCACCCUUGUACCGUCAAGAUACAAUUGCGAUUUUUUCGACAUGCAGUUUGACAAGAUCGCAGAAAUGGUAAACGGAGGCAUGCGCUCUUUUGAGUCCUGCGAGGUAUUGAAUGUUUGCAACAAGAAUCAGCGCUGGGAUGAUGCUGCACCAUUUAUCGCUUACGAAAUUGAGGGCGCAGUUACAGCCUCUCUGUGGCAUCCCGGAAACACGACUCAGUGCAAGUACUGCCAAUUUGCCACCACUGCCAUGAAGAUUGCUCUCCAGCAGUAUGGUACCGAUAUUCGUGAAGUUCGCGCUUAUGCUGACAUGAUCUGUGAUAUGCUUGGCUCGGACAACCCCUGUCAUGUCUACAUGAAGGAAUUUGAUUUUGUCAUUGACGGAAUUACCAAAGGUAUGAGUUCUAAGGCUAUUUGUACAGAGUUAAAGUUUUGCGCAACACAAGGCCCAAAUUCUGCGAAUAGCGAUGUCUCAGCCUUUGACCUUGUUUUAACGCAAGUUGCAGCGUCCACUGAUGGGUGCGUGCUGUGCAAGCAAGUGGCGUCUGUUAUUGCGGAGACCGUAGAACAUGAUUUGCGUGCACUAACGCUUUUUCGAAGAAAUGCUAAUACCGUUUGCGGGAUGUAUCCGAACACCAACAAGUGUCAUUCAUUCGUCAAGCAAUUGGACGUAAUGCUUGACGCUCUCCAGAAGGGUGUCCCGCCAGAAUCCAUGUGUACUACCUUAAAAAUCUGCUCGAAAGACAAUGAACUUGCCAAGAUUGAACAGUCCGUUCCUGAAUUAGUUGCCAUCCAUCGUGGCGAAGAAAGAAACAACUCGUGCGCAGCAUGCAGUGAUCUUAUUUUGAUGCUCAAGUAUGUACAUGCACUGAAACCCGAGGAAAAAAAGGAAAUGCGUGAAGCUGCAGCUAUUUUGUGCCAGUUGUUACCCGCUGAUGAUACGUGCCACAUCGACCUUGAGAGGUUUGAUAUAGCAAUUUCCGACCUGCAACUCGGAAAACAGCCCGAAGAAGUUUGCCGAGAGCUGAAGCUUUGCGCUUUUUCAAAAACUUCACGAGAUUUAACGCGUGACUUAUCUGGCAAGCACUUUUUGCCUACAAUUUGCGCGUCUUGUCGACAGAACACGCUUUUGCUCAAGUCAUUGAUUACACGACCAGAAAGCCUGGCAAUCUAUGAAAGGGAGAUUGAAUUAAUCUGCCAGAUAAUCCCUCAAUCCAACGAUUGCGAGCUACUCUUACAGCACAAGGACAUGAUCAUUGAUUCGUUAAAGAACGGCAAAGAUAUCAGUGCUAUCUGCGCCCAAACAGUCGGGUGUGAUUCGGUGACUGAGGCGGCAACCGAGUCCAACUCGAUAUUCGUGGGCUGCCUGUUCUGCGAGUACGCUGCUGACAUCUUGGAGCGCGCCAAGAAUGAUGACAAUAUCUUGCGUGAGGCCAAGGUGACGCUGGAAACCAUUUGCACUGUGCUGCCCCCACUUGCACGCUGCGAUGUGCUUACCUCUAAGUUUGACGAGCUGGUGUCGCUCAUGCGCGAAGGCAAAAGUCCCAGAGACGCGUGCCAUGCUAUCUCUUUAUGCGACUCGGCUUUCAUCUACACGAGCACCACUUGGGAUGAUCCUAUUGUACAAGCACCAGAAAAAAGUCGGCAGAGCUUGGGGGAGAUUAUGGAGAUUGAGUAA